AAAAACAAAGCCCCAGACAAAGACAAUAAAAACCUGGCCUGAAGGAGCCCUCUCUCAACUGCAGGACUGCUUCUCAACUACUGUAUGGGAUUUAUUCUCCAGCCACAACCUCCAGGAGUACACAGACACUGUACUCUCGUACAUCAGGAACUGUGUUGAUAAUGUCACCGUCAACAAAAGGGUCAGGGUGUUUCCAAAUCAAAAACCCUGGAUGAAUAGCGAAGUGCAAUCCCUCCUAAAAAGCCGCAACACUGCCUUCAAGUCAGGGGACAGGGCUGCGUACAGGGCGGCCAGGGUAGACCUAAGUAGAGGCAUCAGGAAAGCUAAGGCUGCCUAUAGGAGAAAGAUUGAAGAUCACUUUGCUGACAACGACCCCAGAAAAAUGUGGCAGGGGAUCAAUCACAUUACCAACUACAGAAGCAAUAACCAGGCGACAUCUAGGAUUGAUGGCUCGCUGGCUGAGGAUCUAAAUCAUUUCUUCGCCCGCUUUGAGACGACUAGGCCCUCAGCUGUCACACCACUUCCACCCGCCCCCAGCACCGGCACACUAACACUUAGGGAGCAUCAAGUGAGGUGUGUUCUAAGGUCAGUGAAUCCCAGGAAGGCGGCAGGUCCUGAUGGAAUACAUGGAAAGGUUCUCAGAGCAUGUGCUGACGAACUGACCGGAGUCUUCACUAAAAUCUUCAACCUUUCCUUGUCAUUAAACACCGUCCCGCCCUGCCUCAAAACCUCCACCAUCAUCCCCAUCGCCAAGAAGACAGCUGUGGUCAGCCCAAAUGAUUACAGGCCUGUUGCACUUACGCCUGUAGUGAUGAAGUGCUUUGAGAGACUGGUCUGUCAGCACAUCAGGGCCGGUCUGCCUCCCACUUUGGACCCCCACCAAUUUGCCUACAGGACAAAUCGAUCCACCGAGGACGCUAUCACCAUAGCGCUCCACACUGCGCUGUCACCUGGAGCACCGAGGAAGCUAUGUGAGAAUGCUCUUCCUGGACUUCAGCUCAGCAUUUAAUCAUAUCAUUCCAGAGAUCCUGGUCCAGAAACUGUCUCACCUGGGACUCUCCACCCCCAUCUGCCUCUGGA